CUCGGAGAUCCGGCCGCGCGACAAGAGGGACGCGGUCGAUUGAGCAUGUUUGCGCGGGUUGGUUCAGAGUGACAAGGACACCGCUCACAACCGUUCGCCAUCACCAAACUGUCGUCCGCUGUCAAUACCGCAUUGUCGGCAUCUCCACAAGGAAAGCAGAAGACAGCUGAUCCGCCGAGGACUGCGUUGAGCACGUUUCACUUUUGGGGAGCUUUCAUUCGUGGACAUCUCUGGGGAUCUCUGGGGACCUUGAUAGCUGGCAAUCAUGGUCAACUUUGACAAUAUCUUGAAGUAUCUCGCCGUCCAGGCGCCUUUGAGGGCCUUCUCCGGCGAGGACUUUAACGCUACCAAGAUGGCUGUUCAAGAGUACACCCUGCCGGCAUUGCCAUAUGCUUACAAUGCUUUGGAACCACACAUUUCAGCCCAGAUCAUGGAGCUGCACCACAGCAAGCACCACCAGGCCUAUGUGACAAACUUGAACAACGCUCUCAGGUUGCACGUUGCUGCUGUUGGCGCAGGCGAUAUUGCCAGUCAGAUCGAGAUGCAGCAGGUCAUCAAGUUCAACGGUGGUGGGCAUAUCAACCACUCGCUGUUCUGGAAGAACCUCGCCCCAGCCGAGAGCGAAGAGACAAAGCCCGAGGCUGCAAAAGAGCUGGUGGCUGCUGUCGAGAAGACCUGGGGCAGUCUGGACGACUUCAAGAAGGCUUUCUCUAGCACCUUGCUGGGGAUUCAAGGAAGUGGCUGGGGCUGGCUGGUCAAGGACAGUGCGAAUGGGUUGCGGAUCGUGACCACCAAGGAUCAAGAUCCGGUGGUUGGACAAGAUGUUCCCGUGUUUGGUGUCGAUAUGUGGGAGCAUGCUUACUAUCUUCAGUAUCUCAACGGAAAGGCUGCGUAUGUCGAGAAUAUCUGGAACGUCAUCAACUGGAAGACGGCCGAGGAGCGCUUCUUGGGCACCAGCGAAGCUACAAAAUUGUAA